CUCAGGUCUGGACUCGACUCUUCUUCUACCCCCAUUCGUCUCGCUCCGGGUAGUCGCUUGGUCUGCAUACAACUCACUCCACCUCUUCUUCUGUCCUGUCCACCAGUUGCAAAAGCUGGAAAUUGAGUCGCAGAUUGCUCCCAACAACUUUGAGGGGUUAAUUUUUAUAUCGGAAAGGAAAUUUCCCAUUAUGCAAACCGACUUCUACUCCGCAGGUAGCAUGGACCAUACAGGUGAUGAAUCAACGAAAGUGGCUCGCCGGUUGACACAACAGAUUACAGACGGUCUGGCCGAGCACCAAAGAGUUGGGAGUGAUGUAUUCGGAGCAGUUUAUCAGGAGGACUGGGACUCUAAAGUUAAUUGGGAGCCUCAAUAUGAGAAGGAGAGGAAAUCCGAUGCAACAAAAUCUAUCAGGAUGGACGCAAGAAAUAUGGCACCUAAUGUACUGGAUGGCAUAAUACUUGAUGAAACCGCGGGGCCGAUAAGUAUACCGCUGGCAAUUCUACAACAGAUAACAGAUAAUUUUAACGAUAGCCUAAAAAUCGGUCAAGGUGGUUUCGGAGUCGUGUAUAAGGGUUUUAUUCAAAGUGGGUGUGUUGCUGUCAAGAAGCUUUUGAACAGCCACACAAUCAAAGAUGGGCCAUUUUAUCGUGAGACGAGUAUUCUGAUGAGUGUCAACCAUCCAAAUAUAGUGCGCUUUUUGGGAUACUGCUCUAACACAGAGAAUACAGCGGUUAAAUUGGAUGGACCAGGAAUACGUGAGAAGUACAUUUAUGCCGAGAAUAGAGAAAGAUUGCUAUGUUUCGAGUAUAUCAGUAAAGGAGGUCUUGACAAGCAUGUCACUGAUGAAUUAAGGGGACUUGAAUGGCAUACACGCUACCGAAUUAUUAAAGGGAUUUGUGAAGGUUUGCGGUACCUACACAAGGAAAAGAAUAUUAUUCAUAUGGAUCUUAAACCAGCCAAUAUACUGCUGGAUGAUCUUCUUAUACCAAAAAUUACUGAUUUUGGUAUCUCCAAACAACUUGAGGAAAAAUCACAUGCUAUUACUAUGGCACGUUUUGGGUCAAUGGGAUAUUGCGCUCCUGAAUACUUAUACCAUGGCAUAGUGUCAUUCAAAGGAGACAUAUUUAGUUUGGGAACUAUAAUUAUGGAUCUCGUGAGUGGGCGUAAGGAAAAGCCUAACAUAAAAAAUAUACUUAGAAGAUGGAGGUACAGGUGGAAUAAAUCAGGCAAGUAUCCACCACUGGGAUCAGAGCAAGUAACCAAAUGCAUUGAAAUUGCUGCACUCUGCAUGUCAUACGACGUGAAAAAGAGACCUGAUAUAUUGGAUGUAAUCAGUUCUCUUAAUGAAAUGGAAACUACGACUGAGCAUAUCGGGCAGGCUGGUGAAUCGUCAGUUGGCCAGGUGACAAGCCCUUACGACUGGGAGCUGCUUGGUAUUGACCCGCUCGAGCUGCAUUUUCCCUUCGAGAUAAACAAGCACAUAUCGUGUUCACUUGAGCUAAGCAACGCGAGAGAAGACUGCGUCGCCUUCCACAUCGAACCGCCAAGCACACGGCACUACCGGAUAGAGCCCAACAGAGGCAUUGUACCACCUCAAUCCAGGACAAAUGUCAUAGUAACAUUGGAAGCACAGGAGAAGGCGCCACAUGAUAUGCGUUGCCAGGAUGAGUUCGUCGUGAGGUGCACCAUUGUGAACGAGGGUCUCACGCCUGAGAAUGUCAGCCAAGACAUGUUCGAUGAAAAGUCGACAGGCCUGGUCGAUGAGGCGACUUUGACGGUUGCCUUUUGAAAUGCCACUGAAGAAGCUCUCCUGGAAGCGUGUAGUGUGCCCAGAAGUUGUACACUGCUCUCAGUUUCGAAUUAAUUCAAGUUCUGUCUUUACCGAAUACAAGUAGAAUAAAUGUUAUUUAGUAGCACAAAAACCGGUUGCACAUUUGGAAAAUGUGCAAUUUGUCUAUAUUAAAAGUAUAACAUUCCUAACAAAA